UGAGCGCGAGCCGACGAAAACUCCCGACUUGCUAGAGGCUAACAGCAUCGCUGUAAAAGAUAUUUACUUUUUCAUCGGUGUUCCAUCCUGUUUUCAAACUCUGCGUUCUCCGUGUUCAGGGCGAACAGACGUCGUUUGACUUACGGAGGAUGCCGGACCAGUACAACUUCGGCCUGUCGGACAAGAACAAGUUGCUGGUUUACGUGGACAACCUGCUUCGCCACCUGUGGCGGAACAAGGCCACCGACUCUGUGCUUCAGGCCAUCGUAGAGCUGGCCUCGACGCUGUCCAAAAUGUCCUUUGAGAAUGACGCGCGCACCCAGGUGCCAAAGCUCGAGGACUACGUGUUGCCUCCCGGCAACUUCAAGAUCGGCGCCAUGUUCGUCAGAAGUGUGCCUCCAACGGUGAACCUCCGGCGCAACGUGAAGGCGGCCAUCUUCCACGGAGACGUCAUCUCGCGAGCGUACGAGAUCCUCGCGUCGGCGACGCGCGAGACGGCCAACCUGUUCCUGCUGGUGCUGUUCUUCGACGAGUACCUGAAGCUGGUCACGGGCUGGUCCCAGCAGACCUUCGACGAGUCCCUGAGCUGCACGAUGCUCGGCUCCAAGCUUUUCCCGCUGCAGUACGGCAACUCCGAGGCGACCCUCUUCUACGACCAGACCGCGGCGCGCGAGCUCCGCGAGAUCUUCACUGCCGCCAAGGUGCGAACGCGGGCUCGCAGCGACCGGAGUGCCCCUUCCGGCACAGUUCGUACUCAAAGUACUAGGGGUGCGAAUAUUUUAGACUAUACUUACAAAUGAGGAAUCGA